AUGUCACAGAGGAUAGAACCAGGAUCAGGGGUAGACACAUUGUUCAAUGAAAUCAGUCAAGAUAUUUUCAAUUCGUCACUUAGUUUGUUUAAGAAGAGUUUGCUUCUUAAACAACUGUAUAAUAAUUACGUGAAGCAGCCCGUAAACACAAAGUAUAUAAUUGAUAAAGACAAAAAGAUAUUGUUAGAGCAGAUAUUCCGAAAGAAACAUUGGCUAAAUAAAAAGGAGAGGGCGUUCGUGGCAGAGAAGUGUGGGCUGAGUCCUCGCCAGGUGAGGGUGUGGUUCAUAAAUAAAAGGACCAGAUCCAAAUAA